AUGGCCGCGUCCUGCCCCGCGCUCCUGGCCGCCUGCCUGGCGCUGCACCUGGCCACAGCGCGGGGCGACGGGUGCAGCGGCUUCGGGAACCUGUUCACGGAGAUCGCGGAGAACAGCGCCCACGGCAGCCUGGUGGCACUGCUGCCCCCGCCGGGGGACACGGGGGGCACGGGGGGGCUCCAGCUCUGCCUGGUGGGCGCCGACGCCGCCUGGUUCUACCUGGACGGGCGCAGCCUCAGGCUCAACGUCUCGGACGGGCGGGCCCUGGACCGCGAGGAACUGGAGUCCCCGGUGCUGAUGGUGGCCCUGACCUGUGCCGAGGACGGCUCCUCCCCGGUCGAGUUCCGGAUCAUCGUCCAGGUCCUCAAUGAGAACGACAACAGGCCCCACUUCCAGGGGGCCACCGUCCUCACCCACAACGUCAGCGAGCUGGCGCCGGUGCACUCGGUGGUGUUCAGCGCCCAGGCGGAGGACGCGGACGGGGACACGCUCAUGUACGUCAUCGACACGGCCUCGCCCGACGCCCGGUUCUUCCGCAUCGACCUCCCCAACAGCGGGCGCGUCGUGCUGGCCAGAGCCCUCGACUUCGAGAGCCGGCGGCACCUGGAGGUGGUGGUCACGGCCGUGGAGAUGAACACCCGGGAGCGGUUCAACGCCUCCGCCCGGGUGCGGGUGAACGUGCUGGACGGGGACGAUCAGUACCCGCAGUUCCUGCCCUGCACCCCCCGCGCCCCCCACGGCCCCCACGUCUGCACCAGCCCCGUCUACACCGCCAACGUCACCGAGGGGCAGCUCCAGGAGGGUCCCCUGAGCUUCAGCCCCGGCGCCGUCUACGCAGAGGACGGGGACAGGGGGCUGCGGGCGGCCAUCACCUACUCCCUGCUGGCAGGCCAGGAGAGCGGCCGGUUCCACAUCGACAACGUGACCGGGGCCAUCACGCUGCUGCGGGCGGUGGAGAGCAGCCGCCUGACCCCCGAGAUCUGCCUCAGCGUCAUGGCCUCCCAGGUGAACGACCCCUCCAAGUACGCGGUGGCGCGGGCCCUGGUGCGGGUGCUGGCCCCGAACCGGCACCCGCCGCGCUUCCCCCGCGCCCGCUACCGCGCGUUCGUGCCCGCGGCCCCGCGCCGCGCCGCGCUGCUCCUCACCUUCGGAGGGCAGGUGCUCGCCCUGCGCGCCCACGACCCCGACUUCCCCGAGGGGGUGAACCCCCAGGUGCGUUACACCCUGAGCCCCAGCGCCAACCAGAGCCAGCAGCUCUUCCAGGUGAUGCCCAACGGGCUCCUGGUGGCCCAGGUGGACCAGCUGAGACCUGGGCAGAGCUACCACCUGAAGGUGCUGGCGCGGGACGAGGAGUCGGGCGAGACCUCGAACACGACGGUGGAGCUGGAGGUGCUGUGGCCGGGGCAGGCGGCCCCCCGGGACCCCUCGGAGCCCCCCCCCGCGCGGGGCGCGGUGCCGGCGGCGGCUCUGGCGGGGGGGUUGGGGGCGCUGCUCCUGCUCGGGGCCUUCCUCCUCCUCCUCCUCCUCGCCCUGCGCGCGCGGCGGCGGCGGCGGCGGCAGCAGCGGACGGCGGACAGGGCAGCGCUGGCCAUCGAGAAGCACCCCAACGUGAGCCUGAGGUGGUUCCAGCCGGUCCAAGCCGGCAAGUCCCCCCCGAGCCCCCCCAGGCUCUACUACCCCAACGAGGGGUACAGCGAGGUGGGAGAGGUCCCCCCCCCGCCCCCCCCGCCCCCUCCGCCGCCCCCCCCCGGGCCGCCGGCCCCCCAGCCCCCCCCCGCCCCCAAACCACAGGCCAACUCCGUGGGGCGGCCGGGGGGGGUUUCCCCCGGGGGGGGCUCCCCGGGGGGGUCCCCGCCUCCCACCCCCGCCAGCCCCAGCCCCCCCCGCGCCCCCAGCCCGGGCGAGGUGUCGGGGGGCCCCGCGGAGGUCGGGGGGAGCCCCACGCCGGGGGGGCGGCGGGGGGGGACCCUGGGGGUGCUGCCGGCGCUGGAGGAGGUGAGCGAGGAGAGCCUGGAGGAGGGGCCGGGGGGGGACCCCCGAGUGCCCCCCCCGCUGCUGCAGCUGCUCGAGGACUCCAUCGAGUGCUGAGGGGGGCGGGGGGGGCGCGGGGCGGCGGCUGCUGGAGCGGGACAACAAUAAAGAGCCGGAGAGACCCCGGGGGGCACGGGAGGGGCACGGCCCCCAGACCCGCUCCCCUGGGGUGC